AUGAAUGAAUUUUUUAGUAUGAAUGAAUUUUUUAGUAUGAAUGAAUUUUUUAGUAUGGACGAUUUUGCAAGUAGCUCAUUAGAUAAGUUUAAUUCAAACAGAGCGGACUACCCAAAGAUUACCAAAGAAGUUAUAAAGAAAUGUCUCAAGUAUUCAAAUAUUGAAGAUUUAGAAAAACCAUUUAGAGAAAUCAGUAAAGCUCGAAAUGGGUAUUAA